GUUGGCGUCAAAUUAAGAUUUUGGCUAAACUCAAUUCGGUCAAUCUCUCCUAGGCUCACUCUCACAAGGAGGCAGAGCUCUCAGCCUCUCAUUCUCUCACUCAGUCUGCCACCGCCACCACCACCGCCACCGCACGGUCGCUGCCACGUCGCCGGCUCCUCUGCAUCUCCACCACUGCGUCAUCGCCUCCGUCCGUGGCUCGCCUUUGCGUCUUUCGUCCAGCGUGGCUCGCCAUCGCUGCUGCCUCUCCCUCGCCAGUCUCUGCUUCGCCGUGCUUGGUCUCCCUCUUCUCUGCCCGCGUUCCGCCUUCACAUCAUCAGGAUUGAUUUUGUUGCUGGGCUAUAUUGUUGCUCUUCUUCUCUGCCUCGGCCUCGUGCCUCCUCUGUCUCUGCUUCUGGCCCUCUCCACCUUGUGCCUCCUCUGACUUUGGUUCUGUGAUGGGAACACUGACAAUUUUAUUGAAACACUUGAUCCAACGGUUGAACCAAUAACCCAAUAACUCAGUAAUCUAAUCGAGUCAAUCACCGGUUCGGUUCUGACAACUGCUUAUGGCAACAGCUUCUACUUACAAGUCUCUCACAAAAUGCACAAACAUCUUCCUCUUAUUUCCUCUCUCCAAGAAGCAACACUCUAUUUACAGUCUUCAUUUUCACCAAAGACCAUUGUGCCAUGGAUGCUCUCUUUCAAUGAAUGGCUGCAGAAAAGGACAUUCAAGAGAGCCUGUUGGGACAAUAAAGACACAAACGUUGGAACCGGUUGCAACAACUUCAAUGGCUUUGUACAGCCUGAAAAUGGCAAUUUCUAAGAUGAAAUCAGAGCCUCAAUUUCGGAGCUCUUCAGGCAUAGUGAGGCUGCAGGUCUCCAUUGAGGAGGAAGAGGUCGAGGCCAUUGAUUGGCUCCACUCACAGAACCACCUGCUCCUUCCUCGCUGCUUCUUCUCUGGCAGGGAACACAAUUCUUUUGAUUCUAAUGGCAGAAGCUUGGUUAGCGUUGCUGGUGUUGGCUCUGCCGUUUUCUUUUGCCAGCCACACCCCUUUUCCUAUUGGGAUUGGGUAUCCAUUAGGAGGUUUCUUUCCGAGAGCUGCCCAUUGAUUCGUGCAUACGGAGCCAUCCGAUUCGACGCAAAAGCUAAGUUGUCAGUAGAGUGGCUGCCUUUUGGUUCUUUCUACUUCAUGAUUCCUCAGGUUGAGUUUAAUGAGCUUGAAGGAGGAUCGAUGCUCACUACGACCAUGGCGUGGGACAAUACAAUUUCUUGGUCAUGGGAAGAUGCAAUCAAUGCUCUCCAAGACACCCUUAGCAAGGUUUCUGCUUCGAUUGUGAGGUUCCCGAAACAAGCUCCUCCAACAUUAAUAUUAAGUAGCCAUGAUAUUCCAAGUAAAAUAGAUUGGGAUAUUGCUGUUAACAGAGCUUUGGAGAUGAUAAAGACAAACAACUCCUUACUAACCAAGGUUGUGCUAGCUCGUAGCACAAGAGUAGUGCCUACUACUAACAUUGAUCCGCUUACGUGGUUAGCUUGCUCAACGGUUGAGAGCGAAAAUGCAUACCAGUUUCUCCUUCAGCCGCCAAAUGCACCUGCAUUUAUCGGAAAUACACCAGAGCAACUAUUUCACAGAAAAUGGCUCCACAUUACUAGUGAGGCUUUGGCUGGAACUCGAGCUAGAGGAGUGUCGAUGGCUUUGGAUCGUCAAAUAGAACUCGACUUGCUUACAAGUCCAAAGGAUGAUAUUGAGUUCACCAUAGUAAGAGAUACCAUAAGAAGAAAAUUAGAGGGAGUAUGUGAAAAAGUUGUAAUCAAGCCAAAGAAAAUGAUAAGAAAGUUCCCUAGGAUCCAACAUUUAUUUGCUCAAUUAGCCGGCAGGUUAAGAAGUGAAGAAGACGAGUUUGAAAUUUUGUCAUCUCUUCACCCAAGUCCAGCGGUUUGUGGGUUUCCAACAGAAGAGGCACAACUUUUAAUUGCAAAAACAGAAGUAUUUGAUAGAGGGAUGUAUGGCGGACCUGUGGGUUGGUUCGGCGGUGGAGAGAGCGAGUUUGCUGUUGGAAUCAGGUCAGCAUUGGUGGAAAAGGAUCAUGGUGCAUUGAUAUAUGCUGGAACAGGGAUAGUGGAAGGAAGCAAUCCUUACUUGGAGUGGGAUGAACUAGAACUCAAGACAUCUCAGUUCACCAAGUUGCUCAAACUUGACUUGCCUCUCAGACAAAAAGUAGACUGUAAAUGAGCUCCAUCAACUGAUUCGGUUAGUGUCUUCGAUAUCUAUUUAUGCUGGUGGAGGCUUUGGACAAUACAAUAUAGAAUUUAUGUAUGUUACUUUAAAGACUCAAUUACUACUCUUAGAGUAGAUUCAACUACUUAUUUAGUAUUCAUGGGUUGAAAAGCCACGACAGCAAUUCUUUCUCCCGAAUACUUGUACCCUUUUGAGCAAAGAAAUAUAAAAUGUGAAACUUUUGGGUGCA